AUGGGGAAGACUGGAGGAGGAGGCUCAUGGUUGACUGCAGUCAAAAGGGCUUUCAGAUCUCCCAUCAAGAAUGAGAAAAGCAACACCAGGAGGAGAGAAGAACUACAAGAACACGAGGAAGAAGAAAAGAAGAGAGGAAAGCGCAGAUGGAUUUUCAGGAAGCCUGUGAACCAGGAAACAGUCAUACAUGUGCAGCAUACUGAAGAGAAAACCUUAGCAGGCUCUUCUAAGAAUGCCACAGAAACUGCUCAGACUGCAACCGCGGCUUUAAGUAAGCCUGCUUGCAGUGAUCAUGAGAAUGCUACUAAUGGAGCAGCUGAAGAACAAAGAAAUGCGCUUGCAAUGGCCAUGGUGACCACAGCAGCUGCUCAGGCGGCAGUUGCAACUGUCCAAGCAGCGGUGGAAGCUUUUCGCCUCAGUACUAAUUCUAGUUCUAGUAACUCCAGUACUUAUAGGCCGCGGCCUUCUAUUUUCGUUAGAGAUUAUGCAGCCAUUGCUAUUCAGACUGCCUUCCGAGGAUAUCUGGCGAGAAGAGCUCUUCGGGCGCUGAAGGCACUGGUGAAGCUUCAAGCAUUGGUGAGAGGCCACAAUGUUAGAAAGCGAGCAAAGAUGACUCUACAGUGCAUGCAGGCACUGGUUCGAGUCCAAGCUCGUGUUCUUGACCAACGAACUAAGAGGCUUUCACAUGAUGGAAGCCUAGAUUCCAUGUCACAUUUCUCAGAUAAGAAGUCCAUUUCAAAAGAAGAACAAAGUAGUACCUUGGAUGAUGAUGAGGAUUGUGUCCAUUGGGAUGAUCUCCAGCCGAAAACACUAGAGCAUAUUCAAGCCAUGUUGCAGAAAGUGAAAAAAGCUGCGGCCUCAAAUCGGGAAAGGACUACUCUUGCUUAUGCCUUGUCCAACACAAACCAGGAGGAGCUAGAGGAGAAGUUUGAUAUGCUUGAUGGGUGGACAAGAAGAAAGCAAUGGGAGAAUGGGAGAGCUUCAUAUGAUCAAAGAGCAGACCCUAUUGUGAAAACGGUUGAAAUGGACACCUCUACACCCUACUUUUAUAGUUCAACCCCCAACUUGAAACGACCAGAAUAUCAAUACCACUGCCAUCAGUAUCAACAACAACAAAGACUUCAUCAGUACUCAUAUCCGGUUGCCACUCCACAAUCACCAACCACACCAUUUGCAUCCCUCACAAGAAUUGCACAAGUUCAGUCGGCUAGCCCUCAUUGCUACAUUAGAGAAACCGGUCAUGGAAAUGCAAUGGGAGGGAGUGAAGUGCCAAACUACAUGGCUGCAACAGCUUCAGCCAAGGCCAGGAUUCGGUCACAAAGCGCGCCAAGGCACAGGCCUGCAACACAAGAAAGAGAAAAACAGUGCUCAGCAAGGAAGCGUCUUUCAUUCCCGGUUCCACCUGAGCCAUCUGGUACUAAUUACAGUUCAGAUAUUGAGUUAAAGAGUCCAACUUAUAAAGGCAUUAACGGAGGCCAAGGAAUUCGAAGAGAACACAAAGCAAGCAAUGUGGCUUAUUGUGUAACAGACAGCGAGACAUCUCCAACUUCCAGAGGUGAAUUCAGAAGGUGGUUGAGGUAA